AUGCAAGUUCUUUCUGGUUACAGCUCUAUCCAAAUGAGAGAAGAAAUUGAUGCAAAAGAUUUCAAAGUUUAUGAUAAAAAAGCAAAUCAAAUUCAUGGUAUUCCUGAAUCAAUUAUUGCUGCUGAAAUCCUUACAAUAUCAGCAAUGAAUGGAAAAUUCGACAAGACUGGUGUAUGGCAAGGUAUAGCUACACGUCCAUUUGCAGAAGGAAUUAGAUUAACUCAAGGCGAAUAUUUUGCUCAUAUGAAUUCUAUGGCAGAAAAAGUAAAUGAAAAUGAUAGUGUUGAUACACUUAUUACAAAGGUAAAAGAAAAUACAGAUGAGCAAGUUCAAAAAGGAGCUCAUUGGGCAUUCCGCAAGACAAUGAAAGAUUCUCAUUUUGAAGGAACAGCUAUCAAAGGCACUCCACCAGUUUUCUUCCACAUCGGAGAGUUCAAAGUCGGAGGUCCAAUCAAAGAUUUCCUUUUCUAUUCAAUUGGAAGUUUGGAUCAAGGACCAUCUUUGGAUAUCGUCACAUACAACGUAAAGAAGUCUACAAGUAAUAUUUACUAUCUAACACACACGCAUGUUCCAAGUUAUUUCAGUUUCAGAGAAUCUAAAACUUGGAUUGAAUCAGUAAAAUAUGCAUCAACAAGAAUCAAUCCAUCCAUGAAGAUCAAAGAUGCUAUUGCAGAGCUCGUUGAUUUGCAAAAGAAUAUUAUGAAGAAGUAUGAUUUAGUUGAAAAAGUUUUUACAUUUUGA